AUGAACAAUCUAGAAGAACUUGAUUUACAUCUUGUAGUAUAUUGUGAGAAAAGAUUUAUUGAUGGUUAUGAUUUAAAAUACAAUAUUACAAAUCAUUUGUUAAAAUUAAAGAAAUUUCUAUUUAACAUACGAUCACGUUUGCCUCUAAACGAGCAAGUUAAUUUAUUAUCAAAUAAAGAUUGUCAAUUUUCAUUCAAUGAUUUUAAAAAUAAUAAAAUUAUUUCAUGUGUUGAUUAUUUUCAAAGUCGCAAAGAAGGUGAUUGUCAUAUUUAUUUAUAUCCAUAUCAAGCAAAACAUUAUGAAUUUAUUACAAAUAAUUUCCUAGAUGGAUUAUUUAAAUAUGUUCGUGAAGUCUCAUUAUAUGACGAACGCCCUUUCGAACAUGAAUUUUUUUUGAAAAUCGCUAAAUCUUUUCCACUUAUGGAACGAUUAACUGUAAACAAUGAUAAACCACAGAAGAACCAAUUUGAUGAACUAUCAAAAGAUGAUAAUCGACAUUUAUCAGUUAUUUAA